CUAAAUUAUACUUACUGAACGCUAAACUGUCAGUUACACGCGUUAGUUAGUGUAGUGGAAGUGAGCUAGCUGGCUAGGUGACGUUGUUAAGCUGCUGACCGGGUUCGUAACGUUAGUCAAAGUACCUUUCUUCGGACUGAGGAACUGAAGAAGUCCCCAAAUGAUGUCAGUGACAGUGGAAACCACAAUGUCCAGGGUGCCUCUCCCUAUUCCAACCCACUUCUCCCAAGCAGAGCAGUCCUUCUCCCUCAAAAAGCGCAGACUUCCUUGUUCCUCUUCGUCCACAUCCAACUCGUCAUACUCUUCCCCUACCUGGCUCUCACACUCUAUGCCCCCACUGCCACCAUCUAAAGGAUGUCCCCCUCUAAGCAGGAUGUUCCCCCAGCAUCCAUCCCCUUUCACGCCCUUGUCUUGCUCCCUUAGUAAGUCUCCCCCUGCCAAUUCUGUAUACGAUCCAAGCAAACAGCAGUCCUACUUCAAUCAGUGCUUCACUAAUCUGGGGCUGCUGGGAAGAGGAUCCUUCGGAGAGGUCUACAAGGUGCAAAACAACAAGAACAGCCGCCAGUAUGCAGUCAAGCGCUCGGCUCAUCGCUUCAGAGGUAAAAGCGAGAGGAACCGGAGUGUGAGAGAAGCAAGGAACCAUGAGCGCCUGUGUCCUCACCCUCACAUCCUGGAUUUUGUGGCAGCCUGGGAAGAGUGCGGCCGACUUUACAUCCAGACAGAGCUUUGCAGCACCAGUUUGCUACUUCAUGCUGAGAACCAACCUGGGCCAGAUGAGCCUGCAGCGUGGGCCUACCUGUGUGACCUCCUCUCAGCCCUGCAGCACCUACACUCUCAUGGUUUUGUGCAUCUGGACCUCAAGCCUGCCAAUGUCCUCAUGACUGACUCUGGCCGUCUCAAGCUGGGGGACUUCGGGCUGCUGCUUGAGUUAAAGCAAAAUAGUACAGAGCCCGCAGGGGGGAAAUGGAAAGAGGAUGCACAGGAGGGAGAUCCUCGAUACAUGGCACCUGAGCUGCUGCAUGGGGAGUAUGGACCUGCUGCAGAUGUAUUUAGUUUGGGUGUUUCUAUUCUGGAGCUCGCCUGCAAUAUUGAGGUUCCAAAUGGUGGAGAAGGCUGGCAGCAGCUCAGACAAGGCUGCCUCCCCUCAGAGUUCACCAGUGGCCUGUCAGCUGAGCUUCAGACAGUACUGCGGAAGAUGCUGGCACCAGAUCCAUCUGAGAGGCCGACGGUCCCGGAGCUCCUCGCCAUCCGCUCUGUUUGGAAACGCAGGUGGAAAAGACGCAUUUAUCUUCUGCUGGCCGAGACUUUGCUGACUCUGGCCUCCCUCUGCCAGUCUGUUGUGCGCAAUGGCUGCAGACUGCUGUCCUUCCUUCCCACUCCUUCCUUUCUCCCUCAUUGGACAAAGCCAGUUCCCUGCACUCCUCCCAAAGACAGCUGGGACAGGGAUCUCACCCUGCCCCUUAGUGCCAUGCAUGCUGACUCAGGGAGCCCAGAAGAUGAUGCAGUGUUUCUUUUGGACCCCACAGACGCAGAGCUUUCCCCUACCUUCUCACACAGGGUCAAAUCCAGAUUAUCUGUGGAAAGCACAUCCACUCCUCUCCCAGCUUCACCACUGCACAAUCACAGUCCUGCCAACACACCUACUCACUCAAAUACGAGCGACUGGCUCUCCUGUAACUUGGCACACACGCCCUCCAGCAUUCACUCAAAGGGUUCCUGCCGCACUCUUACACCCAGCGUUAGCCCGAUAAACAAUAAUUCGCACAGCCUGAAUGAAAUCUCCAUGCACAGCCGACACUCUGUAUCCACCAAGUCCUCGCAGAGAUGUGGCCGCAGCUGGGUCCGGACCGAGGAGGCAUUACCCCGACCCAACAUCGAACCAAAGAAUCUGCUAAGCCUGUUUGAGGAAACAACACUGGAAGGAGAGCCAUGAGUUUACAUUAAAUAAGGGGAGAUAUUAGCCUUAAAAUGUUGAGUCAAUCUUGACCUAAUGUAUGAAUGUAACAUUUUGAUUCCUUAUUUUGUAUAAAAUGCUGCUGCCAAAUUGUUAAAGUCUUAUAAUAGCCUCUUUUAAUAUGUCAUGUACAAAAAAACAUUCAGGGGCAACGGGUUGAAUAUAUUAUCGGACCUUUAAGCACUUUUUUUGUUUGUGUAAAUGCAAUCUGUUGCUGAAAUGAUAAGGGAUGUUUUGUUGUUAAAUAAGUUAUCAUUAUAUUGGUGUACUCUUGUACCUCGAGUUGUAAAAGAAAAUAAAUAGAGGAAGGGAAAAAUCCA